GCGCCCUGGCCCGGCGCUGGGGGCGGGUAGAACAGCGCCCUUCGGCACUUGUGCGACCCGGGGCCUGCCCGCCCGCGGGCCGCUACCCACGGGUUGCAGCGGGGUUCUGGCCGCCCCCCUCAGGGAAGCCCUGCAAGGAGGGCGGCUCCCGCCCGUGAAGACGGGGCGGGAAGCUGUCCCGGCGGUAGAGUCUGGCCGUGCCCCCGCCGCAGGGUCGCUCUGUGGAGAGUAAGCUGAGGCGAAGCCGGCGCUGCCUUCCCCCUGCGUGGCCGCGGGGCGACCGGCGGCUGCUGCGGUCGGAAUGGGAGGUUUGGAGGUUCAUUGCUAAACCAUGUGCCUUAGGCCUUAAAGUCCAAGCCAACGGACCACAGAAAGCUCAACCUAAUGCUAUUCUGGAAAAAGUUUUCACAGCUAUUACAAAGCAUCCAGAUGAGAAGAGGCUGGAUGGCCUCUCCAAGCAGCUGGACUGGGAUGUUCGGAGCAUUCAACGUUGGUUUCGACAAAGACGCAACCAGGAAAAGCCCAGCACUCUUACGAAGUUCUGUGAGAGCAUGUGGAGAUUUACAUUUUACCUUUAUAUAUUUACCUAUGGAGUACGGUUCCUGAAAAAGACACCCUGGCUCUGGAAUACCAGACAGUGCUGGAACGGGUAUCCAUAUCAGCCACUGAUGCCUGACCUUCAUUAUUACUACAUAGUUGAAUUGUCAUUCUACUGGUCCUUAAUGUUUUCUCAAUUCAUUGACAUCAAAAGAAAGGAUUUUGGCAUCAUGUUUACACAUCACAUUGUAACAGUCACCCUGAUAACCUUCUCAUAUGUAACCAAUUUGACACGAGUGGGAACCUUGACCUUAUGUCUCCAUGAUGCGGCUGAUGUUGUCCUAGAGGCUGCCAAAAUGGCAAACUAUUGCAAGUGUCAAAAACUGAGUGACCUUCUGUUCCUUACAUUUGCCAUUGUCUUCAUUGUCAGUAGGCUUGGCAUAUAUCCCUUGUGGAUAUUAAACACAACGUUAUUUGAACUGUAUGAAGCCCUGGGCAAUUUUCCUGCCUUGUGGGUCUUCAAUGUGUUGCUUGUGAUUCUUCAAAUUCUGCACUGUUUUUGGUCUUACCUAAUCGUAAAGGCAGCCUACAAAGCUAUUUCAAAGGGCAAGGCUGGGAAGUGGAACCCCUUGCAUGUAGCAAAGGAUGACCGAAGUGACAUUGAGUCAAGCUCAGAUGAGGAAGAAACAGUACCUCGUUCAAAAACCCCUCACAGCACUGUCACCACUAAUGGAACCAGCGGUGCCAAUGGGACAAAUGGGUAUCUUACCGGCAGCACUUCCUCAGAGGAGCAUUAAUCCUUGAGUUCAAUUGUGGGGCAUGAACAGAAUGAACUGUUUGCUGCUGGAAGUAAAUUAUAAGUUGUGAAUGCGGUUUCUUCAUAUAUCUCAGUAUCAGAAAAAAAUUAGGAGUAUCAAAGCAUUCUAAUAGUGCACUGCCAUAUUUCCUGUUUGUGAAUGAAGACAACACACCAUUCUGUAUACGUAGGCAUGCUGUAUGUGUAUGUAACUGACACAAUGGGAGCAGUAUUUUCACUUGUACUGUCUUUAAAAUAUUAUUUAUUUUGUAUUCUUUUGGGAACUUCUGGACAAAAGGGAAUAUCCAUUCUCUCAACUUUUUUCUCUUGCGAUUCUCAGUGGUGGAGAGCAUCACGCUCAGAUCUCUUCUGUCCAUCCCUGUUGCUUUUGCUGAGUCUGCUAUAAGUAAUAGUUGUUUGAUUUGUUACUUACAGUAAGAUAGAGUAUAGCUUUAUAGAUUAUAGAUCUGCUUCAGAUAUUUUUGCUAUCUUUGUGUUUUAAAGUGCUGGUUUUGAAAUUGCCUAUCAAAUCACAGUGGCCGUUCCUCCAACAUAAAGUUUUAAAACACUGGACUGAUAUUUUAAAUAUUAGGUAAUGUGCUCAAUUAGCAAUUUGGGAAGAAAAAAAAAAAACAAACCAAACAAACUGUGGUAAUUGUGGGAUAUUAUUGUAGCAUAAUUUAAAAUUCAAUUUGGUGGUUUAUCACAUUAGAAGUAGACUUGAGUAGUUGUGCAAAUACCCAAAAGCAUUGAUGUUAACAGUGCUCAGAUUUUUUCAUUUGCCUUGCAAUUUUUGACUUCUACAGGUUUUAGCUUUUUGCAGAGAUUCCAUGUUGAAAGGUGUUUAUUCAUGUGCAGCAUUGUGAAUCCAGACCUCGCUCCUGGAACUCUGCUUGCAAGUUCAGAUGGAUGAGAGCAGAGAUGUGAUGGAGAAAACAGCAGAUGAAAAGUUCAUUGCUUCUUCGGACACAGUUCAGUCUAGGUAUCAUUCUUACUGCUACUUUCUUGGUAGGGUGAAGAGAGAGAUGGCAGAAUGUCAUACGUCACUAGAAGUAGUUUAUUUUAAAUGCAUGGAAACUUGAGCAAAAUUGAAUUAACAUAAUUCACAGCAAACUUUGAAUUCUCAUCACCUCUGGAAAUAAAAUUAAGGGUGUCUGUAAAAUAAUUUUGCUCUCCUUUUUCAUCCAAGAUUUACAAACUGUGUCCCAAAGAAGACAAAGUAACACCCAAAAUAAAAAUAUUUUUAGACAUUAUAUACACACUUCUUCCAGUCUCUGGGUCAUAGUUUGAUGUAGGAUGCUAAGGAACAUACAGCUCUUGCAAGACACUUUCCUGCGAUUUGUGACAGCAGUGCCAAAAGUCUGUGAGGUUCUUGGGUAAAAGACUCUAUGCAACCUACUGUUUCAACAGUAUUGUGUAUGUGCACACAGAACCAAUGUGCUUAUAGACCAAAGACUUAUACAUAAAUAAAAUUUAAAAAAAAAAAAAAAAGGAAAAAAAAAACGGAAAAAAGUAAUAAAAAAAGGGAAGGAACAAACCAGGAAAAAAUGUAAUAGGUUGUCUUCUGUAUACAAAGGGAUUGGAGUGCUGUGUUCAGCUGGAGCUCUAAGUGAGGAACUCUUUCUGAUUCCUUCCACCUAUGCAAUUAGCAAAAUAUGGAUGGAUUCUAAUGCCGUAAACAUGUUUAAAGGCUCUAUUUUAUACAGACUCCAGUGAAGAAAGUUGUGUUGCCACUUCUUUCUUUUGAAAAACUGAGAUUUGUCCUAUUCUGCUGGUCACUCUUGAAAACUUCUGAAACCUUUAUUAUCUCUAAAGACCCCUGUGAGUUAGCAAAAGAUGUGCUGAAAGUAAGGACAGAAUGGCAUGAAUGAAAAUAUUACCUCCAUUUAGUUAGACUAUAGAGGUAAGAAAACUGAAAAAUUGUAAAUCGUGGAAGAAGAGUUGUCAGUUUUACUACCCACAGAGCAUCUUUUGAAAAAGACAGGUAAUGUAAUUCAGCUACUGCAUAGCUUCUGUGUCCAUGAGUGUACUGUGAGGGAGCAAUGGAGUCUUAUUUAAAUCUCCUUCUCCCUCAACAGUUUCUCUGCCUCUAAUUUUUCUCAUCUGUCUCCUGUGCCUCUAAUUUCAUACAGUUAUCUGCAAGGCAGGUUAUACAUGUGAAAAUACACUGAUUGCAGCAGAAAGUAUCCCAUCCUCAGUAUUUGAGGUGGCAGUUGUUUAAUAGUUACUGUCAAUAACCAAGAUUUUAAAACAAAACUAUCCUGGGAUAUAUUGAAUGAAUGUUAUAAUUUCUGAAAUCUGACCUGCUAAGAUGAUGACUGAGAAUAACAAUCUUGACACACCUCUUUCAUGCUGUUGAUUACUACCUCUACUGGAGCAUUUCCCUUCUGCAAAGGUGGUUAAAAAAAAAUGGCAUUUUGGCAAAAUAUUUUGUCUUACAAGGGAACAGAAUGUUGCUCUGAACUAUCAACAUACGCAACAUAGAUAACAUGCAAUAGUACUGUGAUGUUUCUGGACAGAGAACAGUUCCCAAAACCAAUCCCUGUGCCAGAGGCAGGAGACCUUUUGUCCCUGUUGGUCCUCCCCAGUUGUGCUCUCUAGUGUUGCCUCAGAUGUACAGUCAAGGUACAGCCCUGGAGAUGAUUUACCAUCACGGCUACAGAUGCUGUUAGUGUACCCCCCCUCUUAAAACAUGAAACUGGGAUUGAAACUGUUCCUUUGAGGUUCAGGUGCACCUGUCAUGGGCUAAAGCAUGUACAUAGUUACCGUGGUUCAGCUGAGUCCCAAUCACUUCUCUCCUAUAAACCUGGCUUUUUGGAGUCCGUUCUUAGCAGCCUAGAAUAAACUUAAUACAGAAUUGUCUGUGAAACAGGUGAGAUGAAAGAUUUGCUGAAACAGGAUAAGAGUAAUGAAGCACUGAGAACUUCACUAUGCUGAACAAUCAUUAAACUUUCAAGCUACAUUUUUUUAAUGGAAAUAAAAAAUUCAUAGCAUUUUUUUCUGUCUUUAGUGGGAUGGACCAAGUGUGUUUAGAACUCACACAUAGCAAUAUGUUUUGAUUCGUUGCUUUAACCAAUGGGUGUCAAAUCUUCGACUUCAUCUUCUACUCUGCAAAGAGAAUGUCAUGCAACUGUUUUUUUUUAAUCCGAAUUUGUUUGCUUCUCUGCUGAAGAGCUUUGCAAGGUGCUUUUGGAUGCCAUCAAGUAUUUAGAGGAUGACCACACAUAUUCCAGAAAAUUGAUUGAAAUUAUUCGCAUGGCCCAUGGUAAAUGCGAGAUCUUAAAAGGUUCUGUAUAUUCAUACCUUUUGUAGAAUUGUCAUUUUAGAAAUGAGAGUUUGUACGCUGUAACCUCUGUGUCUUCUAACUUCUGUGCUCUCUUUUUAUCGUACAGUACAUGACCCAGUGGUUGAGAUGUUGAAGUAGAAAAAUGAGGAAAUGGUAUUUAGAGUUUAUUAAUAAAUAGUAAGUAUUUGUCUUCUCUCCUAGCCAGCCCAGAAUAUAGUAAAGUAAGUUUCAGGUCUCCCUUUGUUUACUGUUUCCAAUAUUGACAUAUUUUAUACCAAAAGGAAAAUACAUGGUGAGGUUUUUUUCAUAAGAAACUAAAACCAAACAUUGCAGAAAAUGGUAGAAAUAUCUGACUAAACAACAAGGGUGGACGUUGGAGUCUUUUGGAUCUUGAUCAAUGUUCAGUUGUGCUAGUUCUAAAAUACCAAAGUGUCCCAUGCUGUUUCCUUAUUGCCAGUUUGUAGUUUUUUCUAUGUGUUAUUUAUUUAAUGAUUCCAGCAGAAUUGGAACAGGUGUCACAGCUUCAUAUGCUCCUGUCUCAGCCUGUGACCAUUCUGUGUGACUGCCAAUGCUAAAUCCUUUUUCUGAGUCCCAAGUACCUGCACUAAACCUUUGCUUACAGUGAAGUGAUUUGUGUCUUACAUCCGUAUCUGUUCCAAGGGAAAAUCACUUUCUGAUUCUGAAAAGGACAUGGUGACGAAAGCUGUUACCCUGCAGCAAAUGUCAAUGACGAUCAACACAGAUCGAUUUAGACACAACAUGUGUCUUACGCAGAGUAUUCUAGUAGGAAGCCUAAUGCCUGUUCCAUUCAUCUUCUCAUUACUGCAGCCUUUCCUCUUCUCAGACAACUAUGGGCUACCAUUGGUUUUCUACAGUGGAUGAUUUGGUAUUUUUUUAAUCUCUUUGCUACAACUCAUUUUUGUAUGUCUCCUGUUGUCUACUUCUUCUGACACUUGUGUGAGAGGAGAUAUCGAAUACUUUUUACCCUUCUUGUAAUGUAGACCUUAGUAGGCCGAACUUCAGUGUUCUGCAAAUUACAGUUGCCUUUAAACAAUAAAGCAAAACCAGUUUGUAUUACUUGUUUUCACUGGUUUUGGUUUGGAAUGGGGAACUAAUGGGAACUUCAGUAAAACAACCUUAUUAUUUUUCCUUUCCUUUUAAAAAGCACUAGUGGAACUUUGGAAAAGUGGUGUACGUAUAUAGCCUUUAAAUUGUAAAAAUUUCUGAUUGUAGUUGCAAUGAAAACACAGUGUUUGAGUGCAUCUCUACAGAAUUCUGUCUUUAAAAUUGCUUUCAGUUUAAAGACUGGAUGAAAUACUAUGAAGUUAUGUUUAGGAGCCGGGUCAGUGAGCACGCAUGUUGGACAAAGACCAAAACAAUUGUCUUACAUGACCUAAAAUGAUCUGUGCAACAAAACACAUUUUCUGGUUUCUGUUGAGCUUCAGCUUCUUGCAGUCCCAGGGUUUAACUUUUGUACACGAGCUCUCAUACCAUACUGUGCAUGUUGGCUGCCUGCUGCAAGUCAGGGUGAGGCAGAUGACACUGUUUCACCUGUGUUUUCAUGACAAUCCUGUGCUUGAGCAACUCUCUCAGAAAUGCAGUGAUGUGUAGGAACUCCACUGUCCCAGACACAGUGAUGUGCUAGCUAGAAGUCCUUUCAUGUAUAGCUGUUGUGUAGAACUUUGGGAGUUAAUUUGUGUUUUACUUGGUUGGUUUUGGUUUUUUUAAUAUGGAAAAUAAUUAUUCCUCAUAAAAUCUCUGGAACCAAUCAGUAUUGUGGGCUAUUUUGAUUUGGAGACACUUUCAUAAUAAACAUAAGUAUUAGGAA